AAUGUUUCCUAAAGGCUGGCGUAAUGGUGAUUGGAUGUGCAGUUGUGGCUUCCACAAUUACUCUUCUCGUGCUCAGUGUAAAAAAUGUAAUGCGUCAGUACCAUCCGCAGCACCCUCUUCUGUGGCUAAUGCAGCAGUUUCCGAUUUGUUCCCUGCUCUAGGAACAAAACGUUUGGCGUCGGAUGAAUUUGGUAAUGAUUGGGACAGUAAACGACUGAAUGCUGGGGAUAUAAACAGCCAAUUUAUGACCAAUGGGCCACAGCUUUAUCAUGGUUUUGAGCAAAUGGGAAGUUCAAGUAAUGGUCAGGUAUCAGGAAUUCAAGCUCCUUUCUCCAAUGGAAGUUUUGUAACAGCACCUAAUAUACCUAUGGCUAUGGCUAUGCCUGUGCCUGUGCAAGCACCUCAACUGCCAGGAGUGCCAACUCUCCUUGGGAAAGGGUAACAAUGCAUUUGAUUCUCUGUAGUCAAUCUGUCAGAAGUGGAAAUGAAGCUUCUGAAUUAUUGUUCUGCGGUGUCUUUGUUUCAUUUUGGUAGGACAUUCAUUUUUGGAGAUGAGUGCAAUUUUGAAGUGUCCUAGUUUUGCUUGGAGAUGCUUUUAUCUCUAGUGCUUCACUACUCAAUACCAGUGACCAAUGCAGAAUGCUGGUGCGAGACGCCAGGGUGUCCCAUGCACAAUGUACCUGGAAGCAGGCAUUUCGCUUCCUAUGCCGGCAAUGAAAAUAAAAAAAUUUAUACAAUUAUGAAAAUUUUAAGAAUAAAAUAAUGAUUGGAAUAUGUGAUAUAUGUGCUGGUAGACAUUUUUAUUUAGUAUUUGUCUUAAAUAUGAACAUUUUGCCU